AUGAGUCGCCUGUCGAGCUCUUCUCAUUCUUCGCUUUCGUCGUUGGCUGAGUUUUGUGCUGCGUCCAGCCCCGACACUGGUUACUCCUCCCCGACGUCGUCCCCGACCGUUGACACAUUCGGACCAGUCGAUUACUAUCUCCAAGAUGACGGCAAGGUAUAUGUCAUGGUCAUUGGCGGCCUUGGCUAUAUCGGCUCCCAUACCACUCUAGAGCUUCUCAAAGAAGGUUACAACGUUAUUGUUGUCGACGAUCUGAGCAAUUGCUUCGAGAACGUGCUUGACAGGAUACGUCUGCUGGCGGCUGACCAUUGCCGGAAUAAUGGCAUUGUCUUGCCAACCCUUCGCUUUCACAAGCUGGAUUACAAUAGCCCGGCGAUGCACCGCCUCUUUGCGACUUAUAAUGCUCGCCGCUCCAUCAUCUCAGGUGUCAUUCAUUUCGCCGCCUUCAAGUCAGUCUCCGAGUCUAUCGAGAACCCUUUGGCCUAUUACAAGAACAACGUUGGCGGUCUCGUCAACCUUCUCCUCACCGUUCAACAAACUGGCAUCAAGAACUUUGUCUUCUCAUCCUCUGCAACCGUUUAUGGAUCUAAGGCCAACGAGGGCAAACCGCUCCAAGAGCGAGACUUGAUACAUUUUGACGAGGUCACGAUCGACGCCGAAGGUAAUCAGACAGUUCGCCCAAACGGGACUCUGGGUCUGACUUCCCCUUAUGGACGGACAAAGUACUUCUCCGAAGCCAUAUUGGCCGACAUGGCUCGCGCAGAUCCUACCAUGCGCAUCACCGCUCUGCGAUACUUCAAUCCUGUCGGUUGUCACCCAUCUGGUCUUUUACGCGAGGAUCCUCGACAAAAGCCCACGAAUCUCNUUCCUGUCAUCGCUUCUGUGAUCAAGGGAUCGAAACCCAAUUUAGAGAUCUUCGGCUCUGACUGGGACACGCGAGACGGUACAGCAGUGCGAGACUUUAUACACGUGGUGGAUCUCGCCNAGGGUCACGUGGCCGCUCUUGCGGCCAUUAAAUCAAAUUCUUCGAGGACCAGUUCUUUCGAAACCUACAAUCUGNGUACAGGCAACGGCAUGUCAGUCGCAGAAGUUUUGAAAAGCUUCGAGAAGGCUUCAAACAUCAAGGUUCAUGCCGUACGAGCUCCGAGACGGAAGGGAGAUGUUGGGUUUUGUAUUGCUGCAACCGAAAGUGCCCAGAAGAAUCUGGGCUUUACGACUGUAAGAGGAGUGGAUGAAUGUUGCCGUGACACUUGGACAGCGCUUAGUAUGCCUGUUACCGAUCACUGCUGA